AAGUUCCUGGUGGAUGUUUCUGUCUGGGCAAAGUUGGAAGCAAGUAUGUGGAAUACUUAGUCAACUGUCAGCAGCAGACAACUGGUUCAGUCCAGUGUUCUUAGCUCCAGAUCCAGUGGCCUAUAUGGCUGCCAUUUAUAGAAACGUGUGGUUAACCUAGUCUCUUCUUUCAGUGGGCCUUUAUCUUUAGAAUGUAUGAGCGCACGCGUCCUCGGCCGUGAUUGGAGGAGACUGUUCAACAAUGAUGACAUGACGCUGAACUAUUAAUGAUCUGUGGGGGUAUUGUUUGACAGUAAAUGUUUUUUUUUCUUGAACAAAUUUCCUUUUCCAGCCUCGUGCCUCGUAGGAGCAAUGAGUCAUGUUGUAAUUUCACUCUCUCCGCGUCUUAUCUUUUUCUUUUUUUUUUAAUCCACAUCUCCGUCUCGGUUCUGCGGUCACUUUAAAUCUGCGCGUCCUCUCCAAGUUGUCUGGCCGCUGCGAUAGCCCGCACUCGCCCUGAUAAACAGCUGCUUACCAUUUGAGGCACUUCACAAAGUUUCCCCAACACACACACACACACACACACACGCGCGCGCACACGCACUCCUCGAACCGGACUGUGACUGCGCACGGCUCCAGCGUUUGUGUGUGGAUGUUCAGAUAUAGAAAGUCUGCACCGCUGGAAAGUCAAGCCUGGAUUCUAGGUUUGCGUAAUGCUGAGGCGUCUUCUGUUCAACAUCUGGAUUAACUAUUUGGAGUCAGAACUAGCGGCCCUGCACAAAACUCGGACUCUCCUGCUCGUCUUCAUGGAAGCAGUGUUUUCUUCUGGGAUUUAAGUCCUUUUGACAACCCGGGGACUGCGCGUAGAUUAUGUAUUCUUUAAAAUGGGUGCGAACAAUGGAAAACAGUACGGAAGCGAGGGUAAAGGCAGCUCAAGCAUCUCCUCUGACAUCAGCUCGAGCACAGAUCACACACCAACGAAAGCGCCGAAGAAUGUGGCUACCAGUGAAGGUUUAGACUCCAGCACCCGGACUCUGAGCACGCCGAGCCCCGGUCUCAUCCUCCCGUCCAAGUCCUCGUCCCUCUCCUCGCCCGCCCUCUCCAGUAACGGCCAUGAGACCAACUCGUCCUCGUCCUCGUCCGCCGCCACGGAGACGGUCGCCGUGGUCCACCCUCAGCCCGGCGGCCACACCCGCUCCCGCCCGUCCAAAGCCCACCACCUCGCCCCGGUGGACCUCCUCCCGGACCACGCCCUCCUGCUGAUCUUCUCCCACCUGCCCACCAACCAGCUGUGCCGCUGCGCCCGCGUGUGCCGCCGCUGGUACAACCUGGCGUGGGACCCGCGGCUGUGGAGCGCCGUGCGGCUGAGCGGCGAGCUGCUGCACGCCGACCGGGCCCUCCGGGUCCUGACCCGCCGGCUGUGCCAGGACACGCCCAACGUGUGCCUCACCCUGGAGACGGUGGUGGUGAGCGGCUGCAAGCGGCUCACCGACCGGGGGCUGCACGUGGUGGCUCAGAGCUGCCCGGAGCUGCGCCGCCUGGAGGCGGCCGGCUGCUACAACGUCUCUAACGAGGCCGUGUUCGAGGUGGUGUCCCGCUGCCCCAACCUGGAGCACCUGAACCUCUCAGGCUGCUCCAAGGUGACGUGCAUCGGCCUCACCCAGGAGGCGUCGCUGCAGCUGUCGCCGCUGCACGGCCAGCAGAUCUCCAUCCACUACCUGGACAUGACCGACUGCUUCUCCCUGGAGGACGAGGGCCUGCGCACCAUCGCCUCCCACUGCCCCCGCCUCACGCACCUGUACCUGCGCCGCUGCACCAGGCUGAGCGACGAGGCCCUGCGCCACCUGGCCCUCCACUGCCCCUCCAUCAGGGAGCUCAGCCUCAGCGACUGCCGCCUGGUGGGGGACUUCGGCCUGCGCGAGGUGGCGCGCCUGGAGGGCUGCCUGCGCUACCUGAGCGUGGCCCACUGCACCCGCAUCACGGACGUGGGCAUGCGCUACGUGGCGCGCUACUGCCCCCGGCUGCGCUACCUGAACGCCCGGGGCUGCGAGGGCCUGACGGACCACGGCCUGGGCCACCUGGCCCGCAGCUGCCACAAACUCAAGUCGCUGGACGUGGGCAAGUGCCCGCUGGUGUCGGACGGCGGGCUGGAGCAGCUGGCCGUGUACUGCCAGGGCCUGCGGCGGGUGAGCCUGCGGGCGUGCGAGAGCGUCAGCGGCAGGGGACUCAAGGCGCUGGCGGCCAACUGCUGCGAGCUGCAGCUGCUCAACGUGCAGGAGUGCGAGGUGUCGCCGGAGGCGCUGCGCUUCGUGCGGCGCCACUGCCGGCGCUGCGUCAUCGAGCACACCAACCCCGCCUUCUACUGACGGGUGCAGUGUGAUCCCGCCUCGGUGGCUGUUAAGGCUGUACAGAGGAUUGUAUUUAACAUAUUUAUCUGUACAAAGGGGCGGAGGGGUACAGUGUUACAGUAUAUUACAUCACAACGUUCCAUAGCAGCAAUGAGCACAGUGGGAACAGCUUUGGGACCAUUUUAGAGAAGUGCAGGAUAUUUUCAUCAUGGAUCAUAAUCAUUCUCAUACAAGGCAUCUAUUUAUAGACACCAAAUAUCUAAAGUAAACCACUAAGAAUGUAGCAGCGAAGCAGCAACCAUUCCAAAUAUACUCCUUCCACUUCCCUUUGUGUGCGUGUGUGCACUUUAGUCGCCCUGACAAUCACAUCCAAUGAGCUCAAAGCGUCGUCCCCCCAACAGCAGUUCUGUGGUCGGGUUCUGAAUGGGUGAACGGAAGCUGUGCCGGGAUCAGAGGAGAGAACCAACAAGAACACGUUGCUGCUAUAACUGUGCCAAUAAAUUUGUUUUUAAAAUCUG